CAAACACACACACACACACACACACACACACACACACAAAUACAAGAAGAGAAAACUUUAAUCCACAUUCUACUUAUUUAGCUACGCUCAGAUUAGAGAAGGAAUACGAUGAAGACAGCAUGAGGACGAUAAUAACAACGAUGAUCAUUUUCUUCAUGACGUGUGUUGUCAUGGUGUCCGCCCAGAGCAAAUUCAGGCAGAAGAGAGCGUGGAUCAUUGACUCAUUCACUAUAGAGGAAGAAAGUCUCGGCCCUUUCCCAUACAUACUUGGCACGAUAAACGUGGAGCGAGACUAUUUGGUAAGGUACUUUCUCAAAGGGAGGGGUAUUGAUGAGGACCCUAAGGACGUUCUGAGUAUCAACUUCAGAACUGGUGAAGUACUCGUGCAUAAGAAGGUCGACUACGAGACCAACCGAAAUCUCACGUUCAAAUUCGAAGCAAGGGAUGAAGAUUACAUUCUGGACACGAACCUCAGAGUGGUGAUUAAUAUCCUGGAUAUUAAUGAUAACGCUCCUCUUUUUACUCUUCCUUACUAUGAAACAACACUCGAGGAGUCGCACCUUCAAGGUGAACUGGUUACCACAGUCUCCGCUUCAGAUAACGACGACCCAACCACACUCAACGGCAUUUUCGAAUUCGCACUCGUCUCGGUCACCCCCAAAACAGAUAAUGUCGAAUUCUACAUCACUCAAAGCAACACCACGGGAAAUAUUUACUUCAAAGGCUGCUUGGACUAUGAGAAAGCACAGAAAUAUACUCUCCUGAUCAAAGCCACAGACAGUGGAGAAAAAGUGCAGCUGUCCAGCACGAGCACAGUGGUCCUGAACAUCAUCGACAAAAACAAUCACCUCCCUGAAAUCACAGGUCACACAGGUCCUGGAAAGAUAGAAGAACGAGAGAGCGGAGUGGAAGUUCUGCGCUUGCAGGUCAGCGACAAAGACAGUCGAGGUUCACCAGCAUGGAAAGCUAAAUUCACUCUUCAUGGAGAUCCGGAGAACUAUUUUAAAAUCCACACAGACCCCAAAACCAAUGAAGGAAUCCUGACUGUUAUAAAGGCAAUGGAUCACGAGGAGCAAACGACAAGAAAAAUGUUGGUUAGUGUGGAAAAUGAGCUGCCUUACUUCCUCUGUAAGGUGAAAACUCGUACACCGUUGCACCUAUGGGACGUAGAGUCGAACACGAGUGUGCCUGUCCUCGUUAAGCCUUUUCCAGUCACUAUCACUGUUGACGACGUCAACGACCCUCCAGAAUUUGUACCACCUGUUAAAAUAAGAUUGAUCACGGAGAAUGCAAAAAUCGGAACGCUCCUGGAAACUUUCACAGUCAUAGACCCGGAUAAGACACAUGGAAACUCAUUUCACUUUGUUAAAGUUGUAGAUGAAGAGAACUGGGUAACUGUUGAUUCAUUAACUGGUCAGGUUUCUGUGGCCAAAGUUAUGGACAGAGAAUCACCAUCAGUGAACCACAGUAGAUAUGGUGUCAUCGUGCAUGCUGUGAAUAAAGCUCAGCCUCCACAGACCAGCACUGGGACUCUGAUCAUCCAGUUUAUAGACGAGAACGAUAACGUACCAAAGUUAGCGGUGGAUACAGUGAGUAUGUGUUUAUCAGAUGAGAAAACCAUGACUACAAUCUCUGCUGUAGAUCCAGACCUUCCACCAUACAGUGCACCAUUUCAAUACGAGCUAAUGGAAGACGACGGAAUGGAAGGAAAAUGGAAGCUUGAGCCAAUCAAUGAGACGACUGUGAACCUGGUCAAAGAGAACACAGUCUAUGCAGGCCAUUACAGGAUUAGGAUCAAGAUAUCAGACAAUCAACGCUACGGUUCGGUCCAAAACCUGUCCGUCACUGUGUGUGACUGCACCGGCAAUUUCAACUGCAGCGUUCGCAGUUUCAGAGUCCAGCCGAGUCUUAGAGCUAUUGGAGUAAUCAUCUUCACUUUCCUGCUUCUGUUAGCGAUGCUUAUGAUGGCUCUUAUGUUCUGCAAAACGCCAGUGAAAACCAUGAUCCUGCAUGAUGAUGCUCCUGGGAAUCUCAUUCAGUCCAACAUUGAGAUGCCAGGCACAGACUGCAAGCUCCCAUUUGAAAUAUACCAGUUACUCAUGAGCCAGAGAAGUGUGAUGAUGUCCAAUGGCUUUUCCAAACAGAAUUCUAUGCUUCAUAAUGGUUCUACAAGAUACUCAUAUCGUCAGAUCCAAAAUGAUAACAUGACGACAUCAGUGGGCAAAAACGGCCGUGCUUACUACACAGAUGACUUUUAUAAACAGGUCCUGUCAAAUCAACUUGAUAAGAGCCUCCUCCUGCUCCAGGCUCAAGAACAGGAGAUCAGCGAUUACGAGCCACACCGCUAUGCGUAUGAAGAAGAACUAGAUGAAAAUCUCGAUCCGGACCUCGAUCCCCUCACCAUUCCUGAGACCGAUUUACAGCAGGACAUCCUCACAAACCUAGAUUCGCGCUUUAGCAACCUGGCAGCUGUGUGCAGGCCUGAUUUAAUGUCAUCUUCCCAGAAAAUAUUAGGCUAAUGUGUGUCUACAGUAUGUGUGAAUUUUCUGGAUUUGGAAUCAGGGAACAAAUCGACCUUACGCGAGAACUUCCGAGCAGAUCCAUGGAAUAGAACAUUGUGAAGUCUUGUUUUUAAGGUGCAGUCAGACCAACUGCAAAUAAAAUUCGCUUGGCGAUUGUAGAGGGGGGGAAAAAAGAGCAGAAACAUACACGCAGAUAAAAAUUUUGAUCCGCUAUGAAUUUUUUAACCGUAGGAACCGGAGUCAAUCCAAAAAAAUAAAAAUUAUAAUAAUACAUUUGUCAAAAACCUUUGUCAACGUCAACCAGAUCCUUACAUUUGCCCAUUUUUCCUGUUUCCAACACGUCAACUUCCAGAACUGACUGUUCACUUGCUGCCUAAUACAGGGGUUCCCAAACUUUUCCAGGGCAAGGCCCCCCAAAUGGCAUUAACAUUUGACCGAGGCCCACCUUUUGCAAGAUGUCUUUAAAACACAUUAAAAAUACAGACUUCUGAAUAUAUCCAGCUUUUUUUAAAAUUAUUAUUAAUAAUUACAUCUUAACAUUACAUUACAUUAGGAAUUGAUUGUGUGUGUGCAAGAUGUUAACUUGCCAUUGGGAGCAACUUGGGGGUCAGUGUCUUGCCCAAGGAAGCUUCAGCAUGUGGAGUCACGUGGGCCGGGAAUCGAACCGCCAACCCUACGAUUAGUGGACAACCCGCUCUACCACCUGAGACAAGAAGUGAAAAGAAAAGAAAUGCUCUUCUCGCAUUUCAAAAGUCCAUGCACGCAUACUGGCUUCGGUUGAAUUUUUCCUUUACCACGUCACUGUGUUCGAAUGACUUUUUCCGAUUUCAAAUGAAUGUACUGUCAUGUGAUUACAGUUAUCGAUGUCAGUGCAAUUCCGUUACGUGCAUCACAAAUGUAUCGUUAAGAAAACUUUAACGUUUUUGAGUGAAAAUGCAUUUUUAAAAGGAAUCACAUUUUGCGCGGCUGCAAAAUACGUUGAGGCGGCGCUGAAAUGUCUGCUAAAAGAACUACGAGUUUCACUUUGUAGUGUAUUUUUGGAAAUUUUGAUAGGUUUGGAAAGUACCGUGAACGUAAAGUCAUUAGCAAUCUGAUUACGUUACUGAUUACUGCAUGUGUAAAGUAAUCGGAUCACUAAUUAUGUGCAAUCGACUUCGUUAGCAUUUUUAACCCCUAAGGUUUAGUACCUGCUAACUACGUUGCAACAUGUUUCGACUCUUAUUAUGAAGUGUGGAACCAGCUAUGUUGUUUAACAGAUCAAUGCAUUGAUGCUGCAAAAUCUUCUGCAGAAGACUGAACUCUUUAUUGCUCGUUAUGCUCCUUUUUAUACAUUGUGGAAAUGUAAAAUAGUUGUAGAAAUACUUUAAAUGAAAGAGUUCAUUUGGAUUGGCUGGGAAAAUUAAUGACAGUCAACACAGUACAUACACAGGCUUGCAAAAAUGAGAUGUCAGAUUGGUAUACUGUAGACUUUUGAUAUAUUUUGGUUGUUAGUAAUUUAUUGUAUGUUAAGUAUUUACUGUGUUAUGUGAGUCUAAUGUUCUGAACUGGUCAUGUCAUGGUUAUCCAAGAUGAAUUUCCCAGAAAUGGGACAAUAAAGUAUAUUCUAUUCUAAAUGCCUGCUGUGCAACAAGCAAUGAUUUUUUUUGUCCUAUUAAAACAGCGAGUACACAAACAGCUAACAGACACUAAUUGAUGCACCAGCUUUGAUAGCAGUGUAUUAGCACUGUGUUGGGGGCUUCAUAUCAGAUUUUCACACAGGUUACACUGACUACGUUUACAUAGACAACAAUAAUCUAAUUAUUGACCUUAUUCUGAAUAAGACGAUAUUCUGAUUAAGGUGUUUACAUGAGUCGCUUUUAGAAUAUUCCUUUCAUGUUCCUGUUUUACAUGUUAUAGAACACAGAUGGAUUAACGGCACACGUCAUUACGUCCCCGCGCCGCGCCGUCCGACGUUCCCUCCAGAAUUUCACGUAUCGACAUGCAGUUGGUCUUCGUUAUGGGACCGUAUACAGUUUUGGGUGUUUUUAUUUUUAAUUUUACGAAAGCUUCAAGUGCGGUUAAUUGUUUAUCAUGCUGUACGUGCGAAUAGAUGACUGCUUGAAGCCGUAGGCUGCGUCCCAAACCGCCUACUUACCUACUACAUAGUAGCUGAGAUGCAUGUAUAUCUCCUACUAUAUACAUUUAUUUCGCCUACUAUAUAGCAGGUAAGUACGCGGUUUGGGACGCAGCCGUGCUCUCUUAUUUACCGUAAAACGGUCGAGCGCUGCCGUGUGUGUACGUGUCCUGUCUCACAAUGCGGUGAAAACUCCCAGACGACGUUAACAGUGUGAUUAAGGUGUGUACACGUCUGUAACGCACGUCCAUAACGCGACUAAAACAGGAAAUACUCCACACGUCUUAAUUCCAUUUGUGUUUACGUCGAGUAUGACUUUAAUCGGAUUAAGGUCCUCAAUAAUCUCUGUUCACAUGCUAGUUUCUUAAUCAGAGUAUCGUCUUAAUCGGGUUCAUAUCGAAUUAUCCUUGUCCAUGUAAACGUACUGACUGUCUACCGAAUAAUGGGUUUGAGUUUAGUGAACAAACAGUAAAGUAAAAGUAUUUUUAAUGUAAAUAUGAUCGCUUCACACAGAAAAAGCAAUCCCAGAGAAACCCCAGGAAUUAUUACAUUAAUCCCAACUUCCCAUGUACAGGAAAUAUAUCAUGACAUUUUCAUAACACUGUCUGUAUUUAUGUGUUGUCAUUAUAAGAACAAAGAGAGAAAGACAAAGUGGUUGCAAGGAAGGAUGGCACAUUGAGGUAACCUUCUGAGGUAACCAUGACUACGAUUUCCCUCAAACAGUGUUAAACAAAGGAAGAAGAAGAAAAAAAAAGACCUAAAAAAGAUUUUGUCAAAAAGCUUAAAGGACAGAACAGACUGGCUUUUCUAGGUAGAUGUCUAUCUCACAUUCUUGAGAAAGCAGACACUCCUGUACAAGAAAUGUGAGACAUGCUGAAUACUUGUUUAAAUUUCCGGUUAUGUGAGCAAUGACAAGACAAACACCUGGCAUAAAUCUGAUCAAACACCAUAUUUGCUCGACCCAGAUGACCAAAUAUCCAGAGACUGUAUUACCCCAAAAUUCCGGACACAGAUUUGAAUGUACUAUUUGACUUAAAUAAAUAAACCAAAAGCACACUGUCCACUAUCACAAUGUUUACUGCGAUGAAAUCAUUGCAGUAAAGAAAUUCUUUAUUGCUGGCAAAUCACCAAAUGAUGCAAUAUUUGAGUAUGAUCAAGAAAAACUACCUCACAGUUCCAGACAGUUACAGUUUGUGAUUACAGAAAAUGAAAUGGAGCGAUUUCAUUUCAUCAAUUACCAUGCAACUGAAUAUAUGUAAUUUGUUGUAGUUAAUACUACUUACAUUAUGCAUAUAUAUGUGUGUGUGUGUGAUAAAGGUCAACAUGAUCUGUGGUUAACAUGGAAUUGGAGUUUUCUAAGAGUUGAGCCUAAAAGGAGAUUUGUCUCAUUGGGCUCAGGUCCUGAUCUGGAUUUUUAUAUUUAGCUUUCUGUCAUGUUACACUCUUCUUUAGUGUGAAAAGCCCUCUCUUAUAAUGUCUGAAAUAGGCCUGGACUGAUGAUAACCCUAACCCUGUAUCUCAGGUCGUAGAGUGGGUUGUCCACCAAUCGUAGGGUUGGUGGUUUGAUUCCUGGCCCAUGUGACCCCACAUGGGCAAGACACUGAACCCUGAGUUGCUCCCGAUGGCAAGUUAGCACUUUACCUAGCAGCUCUGCUACCAUGGGUGAAUGAGACACAGUGUAUAGCGCUUUGGAUAAAAGCGUUAUAUAAGUGCAUUAACCAUUUAUAUACUCUGCCUUUCUUUGAAUAAAUGAGAGAUCUUGCCUUGAGAA